AAACUAUGGUUCCUCGAGUUGGAUUUAGAUUUCCUACAAAACCACUUUCUUGAAUGGGAUCCUUUUCUUUUUUCAUUUUUUCCCUUCUAGAACCUUGGAAUUUUCUGUUUCUCUACCUUUCUAUCUUUGCAAAACUGCAAAGCUCAAAAUUUCCCUCCAAAUCCAAUACGUACGAGGAAAAAAAAAAAAAAAGAAAAAAAAAAGAAAAAAAAAAGAAAAGGUUAAAAAUACAAAACUUUUCUGUGUCUGUUAUUGUGGGAGGUGCUGUUUUUGGUUUAUUAUUUUUAUCUUUAGCUUAGCUGCCUGCAACAAACUCGCACAUUCCCCAAAAGGCACACAAAACACAAACAACGCAAAAAACCUCACCUUCCUCCACCCAAGAAAAUUAUUGAGAGACCCUUUGUUGGGUCUUUCAUCAUUUUUGCCUUUCCCCACAAGGAUUUGCAGAAAAGAAGAAAAAGCUAUUUCAGGUGCUGCAGAAAAAGCUCAUCAAUGGCGAAAUAUCAAUCCUUAGAAGAGACUAAUCAUGACUGAAAAUCUUGUGAGAGUUUUACAGCUGAAGAUUAGUACUAUUCUAUAGCUACAUAAGAUUCUUGCUUGCCAGUUAGUAUUAGUAUAAUGUCUAAGGCAAGCCCUGAAAUCCCAUUGAUCCUGGAAAAAAUUGAGCCUGAAUGUAGUGAUGUUGCAGUCAACACAUCCACAAAAAUAGAUCCCCCAAAUAGUGGACUAAAGAUUCUUUCUCGCUAUCUUCGAGCUUCAACAGGUUCGUGCCAUGAUAUUUGCAAAUAUGGAACAGAUGUUACUCCAAAAAGAGCAGGAAGUGGUCCAAUUCCAAAAUUGUUAACAUCAAUGAGAGCUGAUGGACAGAAUCUGGAAGUUGCUGUUUCAGCGGUGAGGAAACUAAAGUUUGGAUUAAGUUCUAAGCCUUUUUCAGAUUCAGAAACCCAGACACCCAAAAAUCUAGAUGUUGGAAAGAGAAAGGUCUCCAUGUCAACAAAUAAAGAACUUAAGUGUCCAAAAACAAUUUCAUUUGAUCCUGAAGGAAUAGAUGUUUCUUUGGAAUUGAAGCAUAAUCAAUUACAGCAUUCUUCUCUCUCAAGACAGGGUUCGAAUUAUCGAAGAAAUUGUGAAACCAUAAAAACCAGCAAAGCAGCAAAUGAAUUCAGAAGCAAAGAAACCAGAACAUCUUUAGGGGGUCAGAGAAAGGCUUUGGUUACUCCAACUGUUUCUUUGCCUCCCAAACAUUCUCUUAGGAGAAUUUCUAGCAUGCCUGCUCUAAGUCCUAAGAACCUUAAAAGACUAUCUCUUCCAAGUCAAGAAAAAAUUAAAACCGCUGAACCUAACAACCUCAGUGGUGAGGAUGUGCCACAAAAAACUUUGUACAAGAUUGGACCAGUUGUUGAGAACAGGACCCUGGAGCCAACUCAAAAUCAUGUUGAUGUUACUAAUUUAUCUUCAUCCUCAUGUUUAGCCUUGGACAAUAAAUAUCCUAAGUAUGUUAAGAAGAGAACUAGUACUACUGGAUUGCCUUCAUCCUCUAAGAAAAACUUGAGAACCACUCGAUCUGGAACUCAUGACUUACAACCAUCUCUUUCUUCCCUAUCCCAUAGGCAAAAGGAGCUCGGACAAAGAAGAUGUGGAACUCAUAGUAAACAAUUAUCUCUUUCUUCGUUAUCAUUGUCAUCAUCAUCAAUGAUCCAAUAUGGAAACAAGCACAACAAAGAAAGUCAUAGUGCUUCUGACCAUGAUACUAAAGUAAGUCAUGGUACUUCUGGCUUUGAUAAUAAGGAAAAUGAAAAGCAGAAAGUUAAUUUGAAAGCAGAACUGAAGAGAAGGGCUCGGAGGGCUGGAAAAGUUGGAUUGGAAAACAGCCCUGGAAAGAAGCUAAAAUUUAGGAAAGGAAAGGUAGUUGAACUUCAACCUGAGGAUGGUAAUCCAAGAAGACUUAAAUUUACUCCAACUGUUUCUUUGCCUCCCAAACAUUCUCUUAGGAGAAUUUCCAGCAUGCCUACUCUAAGUCCUAAGAACCUUAAAAGGCUGUCUCUUCCAAGUGAAGAAAAAGUUAAAAGUCUUGAACCUCAUGACCUCGAUGAUGAGGAUGUCCCAGAAAAGUCUUUGUACAAGAUUGGACCAGUUGCAGAGAACAGAACCCUGGAGCUAACUCAAAAUCAUGUUCAUGUUACUAGCUUAUCUCCAUCCUUGUGUUUACGAUCGGACAGGAAAUAUCUGAAGCGUCUUCAGAAGAGAACUAGUACUGCUGGAUCGCCUUCAUACUUUGAGAAGAACUUGAGAACCACUCAAGCUGGAACUCAUGCAUUACAAUCAUCUCAUUCUUCCCUAUCCUCUAGGAAAAAGGAGCGUGGAUAUACAAGAAAUGGAACUCAUAGUAAACAAGUAUCACUGUCUUCAUUGUCACUGUCAUCAUCAUCGAUCACCCAAUCUCGAAAAAAGUACAGCAAGGAAAAUCAUAGUGCUUCUGAUACCGAUACUAAAGAAAAUCAUACCAAGGAAAAUGAAAAGCAUGAAGUUAAUUUGGAAGUGGGACAGAAGAGCAGGGUUCGAAGGGCUGGGAUAGUUAGCAGCCCUGUAAAGAGGAUGAAAUUUAGAAAAGGAAAGAUAGUUGACCUUCAACCGGAGGAUAGUAAUCUAAAGAGGCUUAAAUUUAGGCAAGCAAAACUGCUUCCAGAGAUCCAAAUUGACAAUGCUGGUAUGAGAAAGGUAAGCUAUAAGAGAAAUGAAGUUGAUAGUGAGUUAAAUGAUGUCAAAUCGCUGGAAGGAAAUGGAAAGAGAAGCUUUAGGAAGAACAAAGUUAUCGAAGAGUUGUUUGGCACUAGAAUCAAUUCCAAGGAAGUUGUUUUGAGACACCAUAAUGUGGUAAGAAGAAAUAAUUCCCAGAGUUUGUUUAAUAAUGUGAUUGAAGAGACUGCUAGUAGGCUUGUUCGAACUAGGAAAAGUAAGGUCAAAGCUUUGGUUGGUGCUUUUGAGACUGUGAUCUCUCUUCAGGAUACCAGACCCUCAGCCAUGGCUGGUGCAUGUUAAGUUUACCGUUUGUAAUUUAUCAAAGUAUUAGCUAUUCCUGUAAAUAUUUAAGAAAAUGGAAAAAGAAAAUUAUUAAAAUAGUUUUGGAAGUGACAUGCUACAUGAAAUAACAAGAAGCUCUUGUGAAGAUGCAAUGUCAUACUUGGUAAGAAAGUCAAUUAGAGUUGGAAGGGCUCUUUCAAAGAAUGAGAGUUGCUUUACUUUUAUUGUGUGAGGUACUACAAUGGAUGUUGGUUACUAAAAGUAAUGAACUUCUUUUCGCCUUUUGUUUUUGGAUGUUUUUAUUAUUAUUAUUAUUUUAUACUUUUGUAUUUAAUUUUGAAGAAUAAGCGGGAUUUAUUGUUUAGUGAUAAACUGAU